GCACAGAUAUCCUCCUACUCUCAAAAAUAUAAAGAGGCCAUUGAAACACAAACUUCAAAUCAAUUGAAGGUUCAUGUUCUCAGGCUGCUGGCAUUUGAAGACAGAUUACUGAAACAGUUGACAUAUAUUGUGACGGACGGUGAUGAUGGGUUUCAGCGUGAUCAUCAUCUUUGCUCUGCUGCAGAUCCGUCUGCUGAAUGCUGGGGUGAAUCCAGAGGAUCUUUCUAACAUUGAAAGCACUGACUCUUCUAAUCACCAUCAGCGUCACGCUCGUGCAUUGCCUCUAAAGAAGCUUUUUUCUGUGAAAGAUAAGGAGAACCGGAGCAUUCUUGACCCGAACACUUACUUGGAGUUGGUUGAAUCAAAACCUCCACCUGAAGAUGCAUAUACAUUUUUACAUAAAGAAAAAGAAUAUUACAUUAUUCUAACUGGGAAAUGUAAUGAUGUUCAGUUAGCAAUACUUAAUAGCCAAGCUGCUAAUGGUAAGGAACGUCGAUUUCUGGUGAAUAAAGACAACUUUGAAGAUUUACAGUGGAAAACAUGGGCAGAUAUAGAGAGUAGCAAGACUCCAUUUGCCCCAGUAUGGAUUUGUGAACAUUAUUACAUUGCUAAAGAUGAAUCUGGUAAGGUUUCUUUGACCAAACAAAUAGAUAAAAAAGAAAAGAAAACUGAAUAUCUCUACCUAAACAAUGACAAAUUGGAGACAUUAAAUAUGGAUUCUGAAGAUCCAGUACAGAAAACGCCAGGAAAUAUAGAAGUGCUAAAACAGUUCAUAUUUGUCAACAAGAACUGUAAGUCAGCCAAACAUGUGGUGAAGUUGGAUCAAGGCAGUGAUGAAUCAAGUUCUUCUCAGAAGGGCCGUACACAUGCGUUCGGAGGGGCAUUAGGAGGAUCAGCCUCUGGUGGAUCACUUAAUUUGAAAUAUGACUACAGUCGCUCGAACACUAUAACAACAUCCAAUGUUGAUAAGAUGCUGCACUCAUGGAGUAUGGAGAUAGAGGUUCCUCCUAACCAUUCUUGCUCCAUUAAAGUGACAAGCAAAACCUUUACGAGUACAGUCCAGUACUCUGGUACGCUCACCAGACAAUACGGGAUCAGUGACGUACGCAAAACCUCUGUUACCGGCAUCUAUGAAAUUCAGGAAGCAGCAGACCUCGAAUCUGUGUAUAACUGCAAAGCCGAGAAAGAAAAGGUGAACUGUUGAAAUGCAUGAAACCUGUGCAACUUCUAAAAAAAAAUGAAUGACAUGUUGCCAUGUGUGUGAUCAUAACAGAAUGUAAAAAAAAAAAAUGCAUUCAAAAUGAUUUCAAGAAUAACCAUUAAAUUAAAUUUUAACAUGCUUUUUAUUUUACUUUUAUAUUGUCUUUUUAUUCCUAUAUUGUAUUUCUGUUUUAUUUUUACAAGCAGAUAACAACAACUUUGUUUAGAAGAACACAUUUAAAACUACUAGACAAAAAAGUGGC